CCGUUCAAACAGCGGGACGAGCUGGGGAGGCAGCCAGGCCCCAGACAGCAGACGCUCUGGACCACUUGGCCAUGGGACCCUGCCUUCAUCUGCAGAAUAUGGCCAGGAAUCUGACAUACUGACCCUCACUGGCGGCCUGAACUGGUCAGGGGGCAACACCUGCUUCCAGGCCAAGCAGACGCAAGAGAGGUCGGCACAAAACAGGAUACAAGCAUCAGUCCAGCUGCGGUGGGCCGGCCAUGGGGCGUCACAGCUCCCUCCUGGGCAGGCGACUGAACAGCUGCUUGGACACGCAAGGAGGGACUCGCGGGCGGUGGCGCAGCUUCGUCGGCUGCGUGGCCGGAGGCAUCUUCCUGGCCGCCUGCCUGCUGGACAUCGUCCCUGACUCCCUGUCUGACAUGCGGGAGGAGCUGCGGAGCCAGCGGAUCACGGUGGACUUUCCCUUUCCUGAAUUCGUCCUGACUCUUGGCUUCCUGCUGGUUCUCAUAAUCGAGCACGUGGUCCUGGACUGCAGUGAGCGGAGGGCAGGGGAGGCCACCCCCCUCCUCCCCUGUGGGGAGGCCACCCCUCAGCCAGCAGGCACUGGUGAGUGGGUGGUAGAGACAGGUGUGCCCCACUUGCCUGCAGACUUCCGGGCCCACUCGUCCUUCCGCUCCUUUGUCCUCUUCCUGUCUCUGUCGGUGCACUCGCUGUUCGAGGGCCUGGCUGUGGGGCUGCAGGACACGGAGUCCAAGGUGCUGCAGAUCUGCAUUGCCAUCCUGGUGCACAAGAGCGUGAUUGCUGUCAGCCUCUCCCUCCUGCUGCUCCAGAGCCAGGUCCCCACCCGCUGGUUUGUGGCUUUGAUUGGCACCUUCACCCUCAUGUCUCCCCUUGGCAUCACAGUGGGGAUUGUGAUGAUGCAGAACCCGGGCCCCAGCAGCACCAUGGCCCAGUGCCUGCUGGAAGGGAUCGCUGCAGGGACCUUCGUCUAUAUCACCUUCCUCGAGAUCCUGCCUCACGAACUGAGCUCCCCAACGUGCCGCCUGCCCAAAGUGCUCUCCAUGCUGCUGGGCUUCUCAGUCAUGGCUGCCUUGCGCUUCCUGGGCUGACGCCAUUGGCCCUGCUUGGGCAGCUGCUGGCUGCGCUCACAUGUACUGAGGCAGACACUAGCCUGGGAAACUGUCAGCUGCAGGUUCAGCCCCUGCUACCAGAGUGUCUCCUAGAGAUGGACUGGGAUGACCUUUGGGGGUGGGUUCAGGGCAGCCUGGUUUUUGCUCUGAAGACACAGUAGGGCCUGGAUUAAUAGCCUAGCAGUAUGCUGUUCAUGAGCAGAAUGCCUGCACUCGGGCCAGCAGGUGAGGCAAGCGUGUAAAUGCCUGAUCACCGUCACUCACAUUGUGGUGAUGAGGGGUGUUCACAAAGCAGCCCCCCAUUUUAUCCUUUUAAACGUCUAUCAGACUGAUUUUACAAGUGGAAAUUGUGUGGCAUGUAUUAAAGACUCUGCUGUGCCCAGGAAAGCCAGUUCCCUCUACUCCCUGCUGGGGGAGGUCUGGGUUCUGGCAGGAGAUGGGCUCCAGGGGGUGUGCCCGUUGUGUGUGUGGGGGGGGGGGGUGCAUCUCCAUCGCACGGGAAAGGCAGCGCUGAUCCUGUGAGAUGUCUUUGAGUGUGGUGGCUGGGCAGGGCCAGAGCCAGCCCUGAAACUGCUGCCCCAGCCUGGAGCGGAGCGCAGGGAGCAGGGGCCUGGCGCCGAGGGAGGGCAGGACAAUGCUCUGCACUGGCCCUGGGAGCCGGGGAACAGCCCUGUCUCGGGCCAGGCUUGCUUGGUGCUGCAGUGCCCUCUGGUGAGCAAUGGAGAGUGAAGUCUUGGCUCCUUGCAGCCUUAGGAGGAGGCAGGCUCGGCUGUGGACCUGAGUGGCAGGGGCUGCUCAUCAGCCAGAGGAGGAGAUGCUGCCCCCAGGCAACCACUGGUGGCGCUGGGCAGGACCCAGGGUCACAGCCCAGGUACCGCGGGGAAUGCGAUGCACAGGGUGUUUGCUGAGACAAGCCUGGUCUCUGGCUGAAGAAUCAAUCUGUGUGUUCCUGUGAGCUGGGCCUUAUCCCUGUUCUAUAGAUGGGGGAGACGUGCCUGUGAUAUCGCAGCCUGUCCUGGAGGAACUGGGAACAGAGCCCCCCCGUUCCCAGUCUAGCAGUGCUGACCUCUAGCACGUGCCUCUUUACUCCCCUGAUGCUAGCAGACGGGGGAGGCACCAGUAAUGGAUGGCCCCAAAGGAACUGCUGCCGUGGGCAAGAGCAGAUGGGAAUCCUGUAAACUACAUGGAGGUGCUCAGCUCUAUAAAGAAUCCAGGCGCUGCUAUCGGUUCCCUGCCUGCCGCUGCUGGCCACUUCCUGCAGAGAGCCGAGGGGAAGCACUCCCCACCCUCCCCUCAGCACAGGCCAGGCAAGGCCUGCAGCUUGGAGGCUGGUUCUUGAGUUGCCUCAGACCCAGCCUGCUUGUUGGAGAAGGUCAGAUGCUCCAGCAUGCCAACCAUGGUGCAGUUAGCCUGCAUCCGCACCCCAAGGGAACAGGGGAGGCAGGCUUGUGGGGCCCUUGUGCUGUGCAGUGGAGCGGGGGCAGCCACAGCUAGAGGGAAGGGAAUAGAGGGCUGAACCCUGGAGAGGAAGGCUGAAUCAGCUGUUUAAUGAGCACAUGCUGCUAAAAGUACAAGGGUCAGCUACUUCCUGUUUAAUCUAGCCCAGGUCUUAAGACGGCCUCUAAGGCCAGCUGCCUUGAGCCUGCAGCAGGAUUGGUGUGGGGAUUG